CUUGUGGACGCGAGCAAUGGAGCAUCCCCAAGAUUCCCCGCAUCCUUGCGUCGCGACAGAGGGGUCCGUCAACGCAUGAAUUUUGGACAAAAGGUGCAACUUUGACGAUUUCUUCCCUCUGAUUCAUUUAUCAUUCUUGUCAUCUUUACUUUGACUUCAAGAAAAACAAGACUAUGGGUUCUGUACCAACCGCAAAGAAGGCCUAUCCUCCUGGCAUCCAUGUGCCGUGCCUGACAUGGUUCAAGAACGACGCGACACAGGAGCUGGACUGGGAUCUCCAGAAGACGCAUCUCGAGUUUCUCAUCUCGUCAGGUCUUGAUGGCAUCGUCAUCGCUGGCACCAACGGCGAGGCAGUCACCCUGACCACCGACGAAAAGGCCCAGCUGCUGCGUACCACGCGCCAGAUCGCCACCCAACUCGGACGGCCCAAUGUCACAGUCACCAUGGGUUGCACCGGCCAGUGCACGCGCGACGUGAUCCGCGAGACGGUGGCGGCCAAGGAAGCGGGCGCGGACUACGCCUUGGUGCUGGUGCCGAGCUACUUCCACUUUGCGAUGAACCAGGACGCCAUUGUCGGGUUCUUCGAGGAGUUGGCCGACGCCAGCCCGAUCCCCAUCCUCAUCUACAACUUCCCCAACGUGGUGGCCGGUCUCGACGUCAACAGCGAGAUGCUCGACACACUGGCGCGCCACCCCAACAUUGUCGGCGUCAAGCUCACAUGCGGCGGCAUUGCCAAGGUCGCGCGCGUCGCCGCGUCGCACCGCCCGGAGGACUUCUCCGCCCUCGCUGGGCAGAGUGACUGGCUCGUCCCCGCGCUGUCGGUCGGUGGCACGGGCGUCAUCACGGGCGUGGCCAACCUGUAUCCCAAGGCGUGCCUGCAGAUCUACGACCUGUGGAAGAAGGGGGAUCUUCAGGGCGCGCAGGCGGCGCAGCUGGAGCUGGCCAAGGCGGAAUGGGGAUUUGGCAAGGGUGGCAUCAAUGGGACCAAGUGGGUGGUGGCCAAGAUUAGGGGGUAUAACCUCGAGAGCGCGCACUGCCGGCGGCCGUAUCCCACGUUUGACGAUGCUGGCAAGCAGGAAUGGAUAUUGGAUGUGGUGGGCCAGCUGGGCAAGGUUGAGCAGAGUCUGGCCAAGAGAGAGUCCUAGACCGAUUUAGACAGCAUGAGAAUAAUGACAUGUACAGCGUUGUCCACAUCAUUGCUCAGUAUCAUCUAUGUACAUGCUCAGUGAUAUGCU